UCAGAUUUUCGCGGCGUUCGCCGCGGCGUCCUGAAGCCAAGGCAGCUACUGCCUGGAUUCACGACUUGAGGAGGCCAGGGGCAGUCAUGGCUCCGGUCUCUCACUCGCGUUCUCCUGAGAAGGAGGCUCCGGGCUCCCGGGCGAGGCGUCGCAGCCCGUCGAGGAGCCCCAAGCCCACGAGAGUCGCCCGCUCUCCGCGAAGCCACCGCUCGCGCUCCUGCUCUCGGUCGGGAGACCGGAACGGCCUGAGCCGUCAGCCAGGCGGGCCCUGCCAUAGCUACCGCAGCCAGCUCUACCGCUCCCGCUCCCGGACCCGGUCCCGCUCCCGCGAGCGGCCUUCUGGAAUCCGAGGCAACCUGUUCAGCUCGGUCUCGUCUACCUACUACGGCUGCUACUCGCGCCCCUACGGAGGUGACAAGCCGUGGCCCAGCCUCCUGGACAAGGAGAGGGAGGAGAGCCUGCGACAGAAGAGAUUAAGUGAGAGAGAAAGGAUUGGAGAACUGGGAGCUCCUGAAGUUUGGGGCAUAUCUCCAAAGAAUCCCGAACCAGAUUCUGAUGAACAUACACCAGUAGAGGAUGAUGAACCAAAGAAAAGCAGCUCAGUUUCUACUUCAGAAGACGAGAAAAAGAAAAAGAAGAAGUCCGGUCAUUCCAAAGAAAGGCUGAAGAAAAAGAGAAAGAAAAAAUCUUCCAAAAAGAAACAGAAAAAGUCUUCUGAUGACAGCGAUAGUGACUCUGAUUCUGAAACAGACUCGAGUGAUGAAGAUACAAAAAGGAGAAUGAAGAAAGCCAAGAAAAAGGAGAAGAAGAAGAAGCGCAAAUCGAAAAAGUAUAAGAAAAAGAAGUCUAAGAAGAAUAAAAAAGAGAACAGUGAUUCAAGCGCUAGAGAUUCCCAAGAAGAAUUUCUGGAGAAUCCCUGGAAGGAGAGAUCAAAGCCUGAAGAACCCUCAGAUUUAAUUGGUCCAGAGGCUCCAAAAACACUGGCCUCACAAGAUGAUAAACCUUUGAACUAUGGCCACGCUCUCUUACCUGGUGAAGGUGCAGCAAUGGCCGAGUAUGUGAAAGCUGGAAAACGCAUCCCACGAAGAGGUGAAAUUGGCUUGACAAGUGAAGAAAUUGCCUCAUUCGAAUGUUCAGGUUACGUCAUGAGUGGCAGCAGGCAUCGUCGGAUGGAGGCUGUGCGGCUGCGGAAAGAGAACCAGAUCUACAGUGCCGAUGAGAAGAGAGCCCUCGCGUCCUUUAACCAAGAAGAGAGACGAAAGAGAGAGAACAAGAUUCUGGCCAGUUUCCGAGAGAUGGUAUACAGAAAGACCAAAGGGAAGGAUGACAAAUGAGGAUUCUCAGACUCUUUGGCAGACAUUCUGAAAGACAGAAAUACAAAGUUUGGGUUCCACACAUUUGUUAUGUGUAUAUUAUGAUCUGAAAGAGCUUUACAGUUAAAUUGUGCCUUCUAUUUCAUUCUGUCAGUCCUUCAGUAAAAAGCUGCUUACUCCUGUCACUUAAACAAGUCCGUUGAGUGAUUUGGGAAGGCCUGUCAUAACUUUCCCAUCUGAAAAUCCAGAUGAUAGUUGAGAUCCUGCUGAAUUGGGGAGACGUGGUGGAGAAGAGGGGUGGCUGAGUUGAGAAACUGGAAAUGCACGUUGUGAGCCGGUGUUAUCUGUCCUGUAUCUGACACUUGCCUGGGCCCUCCUCAGUGGGACUUGAGGAGAGAUUAUCACUCCUAUCUUGAAUGUGUUAUAAAUAGACUCCAUCGAAAUAUCCAGGAGACCACUUGUGCUUGAAGGCAUUGCUGAAAAGCAAUGGAAUCUCAAAAAUUGACUUGUGGAAUAUAAUAUAUAGUCUUCUGUAAAAGUAACCUGUUUCUUUCCAUCCCUACCUCCACCACAAAACCAACCAGUAAGCCAAAAAUCAAACUAAAAGCAAACAUGCCAAUAUGCUUGUAAGUACUCACAGACGUGAUAGAUUGAACAUGUUGAACAUUCAUUUUAAAAUUGACUAAGCUACUUAGAAGAAUUCUUAAUAAAUGACUUUUAAACCAGUUCUUUGAAAUAGGAAAUUCCAGGAAACCUAUUGUUGUGCCAAUGUAAGGAGACGAUUUCUACCUAAGCUGCACUUUGACAAGAGCUUGGAGUCCCUAGUUUUACUUCACUGUUUCAUAAGGUUGCAACAAAAAUGAUAUUAAAACAUUUUUAAGUGUGUUCUUUAUGUAAUAAACAGAUUUCAUUGUUAAA